CUGUUAUCAUCGAGAAUGGAUAUCCAGAGUCCAUUCCUCCAUGUGGCAGCUAUUAUCCUACUUUACUGGACUGUGUCAAUUUCUAUGGUGUUUGUCAACAAACAUAUCCUCAGUGGAGCUUAUGGGGAUACAGACUUAUCAAUCUUUAUUGCCUGGUACCAGAGUUUAGCUGCAGUGACCAUCAUACAACUUAUAGGAUGUAUGAGGAAAUUUUGUAGGAAAUGUUUUAAAGUACCAGAAAUUGAUUUUCAAACUCUCUUUCACGGUGACAUAAUAAAACUAUCCCUGACUUUCAUAAUGAGCAUAACACUCAACAACUUAAUGUUGAAGCAUAUUGGAGUGGCUUUCUAUCAAGUUGCUCGGUCUUUCACAUUGAUUUUUACCAUCAUCUUGUCUUCCAGCAUGUUAAAGCAACCCCUCACUUGGAAGGCCUUAUUAGCUUGCCUGUGCAUUAUCACUGGGUUUGUGAUUGGGAUUGAUCAAGAAAAUGAUACAGGAACACUAAGUGUAUGGGGCAUUAUUUAUGGUUUGAUGGCCAGUUUUAGUGCUGCUAUAUGUGGAGUGUACUUUAAACAGGCUGAGAGAGUACUUGAAGGUGACAGUUUAAGGCAAGCUUAUUACAACAACAUAAACUGUUUUUUUCUCCUGUCUCCUCUUAUUUACAGCACAGGACAAGCCAGGCAGGUCAUCCAGUCAGAGAUGUCCUUAUCCAUGGAUUUCUGGAUUCUUUUGACUUUGUCUGGAGUUCUUUCCCUUGCUAUUGGAUGGGUCAGUGCUUUACAGAUAAAAGUUACCUCCCCUGUUUCCCAUCAUAUCAGCAUUAAUGCCAAGUCUGUUACACAGACAAUUAUUGCCAUCAUCUAUUACAAGGAACAGAAAACUGUGUUGUGGUGGUGUGGAAAUAUAUUGGUCAUUUGUGGAGUUUUGUUAUAUACAUUGAUGAAAACAAACAAGCAAGCCACACAAAAGUCAAAUUCCUCUUCUUUAAGUUUAUUGACUUCAGCUUAACCAAUUUAUUGGUUGGAUAAAUGAUACAUAAUUUAUAGAUUAUCUACUAGAGUUGUAACUGAAAGUCUUUGAUACUAUUUAUUUAAUAAGAAUAUAUUGAUGUUUAGGAUAUACAUCACUGGUACGUGUAUUGUAUCAUAAUGAAUGUGCUAUUUUUAUACUUGAUAUAUUUUUGAAAUGGCAACCAUAGAUUUCACAAUUAUUUUGUAUAUUUUUUUUUAUCCCAUGUUUACCCCUUUAUCCCGUGGAUAUCACUCAUUUGAUAUUUUUUUCAUAUCCCACUGCUGUGACGUCACAAUGGGUUUUGUGUGAAAG